AUGCCAACCUUAGACGACAUCUUAAAACCAGUGGCGGAUGCUGUGAGAAACGGUAAAAAAGUCACAUUCUUUAAUGGUGCUGGAAUUUCUACAGGUGCUGGGAUACCAGAUUUCAGAAGCCCCGACACAGGUCUUUAUGCAAACUUGGCCAAAUUGAAUCUUCCAUUUGCUGAGGCGGUGUUUGAUAUUGAUUUUUUCAAAGAAGAUCCAAAACCGUUUUACACAUUAGCAGAAGAAUUAUAUCCUGGUAAUUUUGCUCCAACAAAAUUUCAUUAUCUUAUCAAGUUGUUACAAGACCAGGGUUCCUUGAAGCGUGUCUACACCCAAAAUAUUGACACUUUGGAAAGGUUGGCGGGAGUGGAAGACAAGUAUAUUGUUGAGGCUCAUGGCUCAUUUGCUUCUAAUCACUGUGUUGACUGCCACAAAGAAAUGACAACGGAAACUUUGAAAUCGUACAUGAAAGAUAAGAAGAUCCCCAGUUGUCAACAUUGUGAAGGUUACGUCAAACCAGACAUUGUAUUUUUUGGAGAAGGUUUACCAGUCAAGUUUUUUGAUCUGUGGGAGAAUGACUGUGAUGAGGUGGAAGUCGCUAUUGUAGCAGGUACUUCGCUAACUGUUUUCCCAUUUGCUUCACUACCAGGCGAGGUGAACAAAAAGUGCUUACGGGUGUUGGUGAACAAGGAGAAGGUCGGUGCUUUCAAACAUGAGCCUCGAAAGUCUGACAUAAUUGCCUUACAUGACUGUGAUGUUGUUGCUGAAAAAUUAUGUGCACUAUUGGGUUUGGAUGACAAAUUGAAUGAAGUAUAUGACAAGGGGAAAAACAAAUACAAUAGAGCAGAAUCAAAGGAGACUAAAAUGCAUGAAAUUGAAGAUAAAUUGAAAGAAGAAGCACAUUUGAAAGAAGAAAAACGUAUUUCUAAAGUGGACAAUAAACAGAAGCAAAUUGAUGCUAAUGAUAAAGAUAAUGAAAAAGAAUUAGAACAAUUGAUAGAUAAAUUGAAAAUUUAG